UGAGAAAUAAAGCCUCAUAAUAUUCGCUCCAAACCUUGGGGUUAUGGGAUAUGGAGCCCAAUACGUCCAUUAUUUGAAUGAUCUCCGAUAAAUUCCAGGUAGUAGCGUAAGUCUCGUUGAUUCCACGUCCCGUCUCUCAAAACCCAGUCAGUGUUUCCGCGUCUCACUUGGGAAAGACUGGGGACUGCUCUCAAAAGUUUCAUAUCUCCAAAACGGUCCUCAAGUUGGCAAGGAGUUUCUAUUACAGUUUUUCUACCGGUCUUCACUUUUUACUCUAUCGGCGCCUCAUAAUUAUCUCUCCUCCGCCACGUUUGUCACAUUUAUUCUUUCCGAUCUCGUGCAACGUCAUCUUCGUGGUCUUAAUCAAUUACAAGACUCUCUUCCUGCCUUUCUUCAAUCUGUCACUCAGCAUUUGAUACCAUUGAAGUUGAUCAGUCUGACUCGUCCGCCAUCUGCUGGUAUGCCUCGUGGCAAGCCUCCAGCCAAGAAAGCUCCACCACCGAGGCUAACCUUCACGACUACAGCAAAAUGAAGCCAUCCAUAAUUCUACUUUGGGUCCUACUACUGGGCGAAGGCUGUACAGCAUCAAUCUGGCGAAGAUAUAUUGAUGAGGACGCCAUUACUCAGAAACCUAUCAUUGGUGGCGACGAGGAUAUUGACUUCGAUCUCACAUUACCAAGACGGCAACAACCUCCCGACUCCGCAAUCAUAAGCAAGGCAUUAAAAGCAAUUGAGGACUUGAAUCGGAAACAAUUCUGCCAUCGCUUUGCAGCCAGCAUGCUGUUGGAUAACUGCCGAACUCCACAAAGCUCCACCGACCCCGUCACAAACAAAGCCGCCGAAGAAGAACGUCGUGAAGACUACUUGAAGAUCUUUGCUGUCAGCCUUACAGUAUGCGACAUUGAAGCCCUUCAGCGACCGGUUCCCCAACAAUGCUCACCAUACACACAAUCUAUUCUUAUGGGUAUAAAGAACAGCCGUGGCAGCCAGUCCAUUAUUAUCAAUCACUCUGAAAUGAGUGGCUGUCUGAAGGCAAUUGGCUCUGACCAAUCGGCGGUUGUAUCAUGGAAGUUCAACCAACAAUCGACAGCGGUCGUGUGUCAAGUGGCACGUAUGGAUAUCGAAAAGGAUGAGACAAUUGCACUGUUCUCGACUCUUACCCGGCUGAUGGCCGACGUCGUGGAUGAAGUUCAGAAACUCUCCGAAAUUAAUCGCGACAUCCGGCAAGAGGCAGAAGACGCGAGGUCUUCUGUUCACACGAUAAAAACAUCAGUUGACAAGCUCAAAGUUGGUCUCUCCGAUGUUUGGGACGGUGUUUCCGCAGAAGCAACAAAAGCAAGCAAUAAUGUGAAGGGCAUCUUUAACGGCAUGUCGACUUAUGCUGCAGACGUUGAGCAAAUGCUCAAUAGACUCCGGAAGGGCUCACUUGAAAACCAUGCCGAGCAGGCUGCUUUACAACAACGAGCACUUGAUAUCACAAUGGACAUCGCCAGCGAGGCGCAGGCAGCAAAUAAGGACAUGGAAACAUUGAAAGCCAUGAUGCUCGCUCUCUACAGCAACAUGGCCACCGUUGGAAAUGGCCUGGUGGCAAUUCAAGACCGCCAGAAUGAAGUGGACAGGCAAUCCGCGCAAGUCCUCUCAGCCAUGAUGAAUAUGACCGAGCAGCUGCAGAUGGCGGCGAAGAUGGGGGAUGAGCACGAGGUAUUAUUAGUACGAGCAAUCACUGCUGCGUCGAAUCUGGCGGAUAUAGUCGAUAGGAGUUCGACUAUGGCAUCCACUUGGCAGACUCGGAUAUUCGGGUCAAGAGGCCCCUUCGGUAUUGACUGGACACUACUCGUUACGACCCCACCUACGGUUCUUAUUCUGGGCUCAUAUGGUCUUGAGGCGUCUCUCUCUCGGAAUACACUGCUUCUGAUUAUAGGUGCUGUCUUAGCCAAACUACUUACAAUGAGCUAUGACAACCAUCAGAAUUGGCCGAGGCCAUCUGACGGGGCUGGUGCACCCAGCACUCCAUCACCAACUCAUUCAUUCGGGAAGGUUCACACCACUCCCAUCGAGAUGAUUCGGCAGGCGGUCAUCUAAAAUCAGUUAAUCUUAAUUAUGAGGCUGCAAGGCCAUACAAAUCUCACCGUGUCGACACCAAACACUUUUAUCUCAGUCAGCACCCUUUGCUGCGCCGUCUCCUCGUUUCACGAAGGAGGGACAUCAUUUCGAAAUUUUACAGCAUCUGCAUUUUCUGGAGGGGCGCAGCUUCUUUUCAUUAUACCCCUUUCAUUUUGCUCCUUCAUAUUUUCUCUUUUUGCCAAACCAGCGAUCCAGCGAUUCAAUGAGUCUCAAUUUUAUAUACACUACAUUACAUUACCUUUGCUUUAGAGCCUACGAGCUACGAUCACGAAUUCACAUUUCAUAUACACAUUCAUUACAGUCGCUUAACGCUUAGAGUUUUGCGGGGAAGACAUGGUUUCGGAUGGUAAUUGGCUGGUACUGGCAGGAACAGGAACAGAUGGACAGGUGCUCGGGGACGGAAUGGGGUCGGAAGUUAGUUGGCUGAUUCAAAAGUUGGUAAUGGGUUGGGCACUACUUUAAUAAAUAUAAC